AUGUCAUCAAAAGUUCUAUUAGGAGGAGCUGUCACAGUGGCAGCCGGAUAUGCGCUCUAUGAGUAUCAACUUCAGAGACAACAACAGCGUGGAACGCUAGCGUAUCCACAGCAACACGACUCUAGCAAAUUUGAGAAGAAAGGAGGACAAGUAGGUUCCAAGCUGGACGAUAUACGAGACGAUGCGCGUGAUCAACUCUCGCGUUGGAAGAGCGAGGCUGACAAGAAACUGACGUCCACUAUGUCGGAUAUUGAGCAUUCAAAGGCCAAAGGCUCACAGUGGGUUGGAGAACAACUCGGUGAAGCACGCGACGCGGUCACUGAGAAGCGUGAUCGCUACUUGGAACGCUCUGGUGAGCUCAACGCUAUGGUGGAAGCCGACCGCGACAAGAACAAGCCCAACAAGCUGGUGCAAUUGGUGAACGACGCGCGCGACACGAUCUCCACCGACAUUCGUAAUAUUCGCGAGGGCGUUACCGAAGACGCUGGUAGUAUCAAGGAAGCACUAGUUGGUGCCCGCAAAAGUACCGAAGAGUACGGUGAGGAGGCCAAAGACCGUGCUUCGUCUUUAGGAGAUGCAGUGUCGGCUCGUGCUGAUGAAGCCAAGAAAACCCUACAAGAUGCAGGCUCUGCGGCCCGCCAGAAAGCGGACCAAGCUGCAGCCACUGUUUCCGACACAAAGGAGUCGAUUUUCAACUGGGGUUUCAGUAAAGCUGAGAAAGCCAAAGCAAUCGCUAUUGGCGAGUACGACGAGGCCAACAAGCGUUACAACGAGCUCUUCGAGAAGCACAAAUCGCAGAAAGGUUUAUUCUCGAAAGGCGACGAGGACUUGAAACGCCAAGUUGACGUAGCCCACGAGAAAGUGCUCGAAUGCAAGAGAAAGCUCGAUGACGCGUCCUCGCGUUACGCCCAGUACACCAAUGACAACAUCAACGAGUUAUCGGACAAGCUUGACAAGCAAGACCAGCAAAUCCGCAAAGAUGGCUUUUUCAAAUGGUUAUCUGGUGGUAGUCAAAACAGCACCCCAACAGACGCCGACAAAGUUGCUGCCAAGAGUGUUGCUGGUUGGGGAGAGAAUGCCGAGCAACUUGCACGCGAAGAGUUGGAUGAGUUGGUCAGAAACAACCAGAUCGGGCCCAGCGAAGCCCAGAGGCGUUUGGACGAAUGGAAGAAGAUCAGAAAAGAAGGCUGGUUUAGUCACAGGGGCAAGAACGACGAGGAAGUCGCUGCUCGUGCUGCCAAGGCUUUGGAAGGAUGGGGUGAAACCGCCUCUCAAAUGGCGCGCGACGAGUACGAGGAUUUGAAGAGCUCUGCGCCCAAGGAUGCUUCUGAUGCUGUUGAAAAGGCCAAACAGAAGUUAGACGAUGCCAAGAAGCAACUAGACGAGACCGCAUCGAGUUGGUGGUCUUUUGGUAAAGAGAAGAAGAACGACCUGCAUGAAAAGGCACAGCAACAGUACGACCAAGCAGAGAAGGAAUACCGCUCUACUGUCGACAAGUUAGCUGUAUGGUCUGACAAGGCCAAGGGUAAGUUCUGGUCUACUGCCGACUCUGCUCUUGAUGCCACCAAGUCUGGAGCUGAUUCUCUUCACUCCAAGACCAAAGAAGGGCUAGAUUCGGCUCAGGAAUUUGUUCAAGACAAGAAAAACUGA